GCACGUUGGUGUUUCAUUGAGCAUACGCGGUUCACUAUUUUGCAUAAGUGUGCUUCUCGUUUUCAUUUUAAUAGUUGAGCCGGACGCGUGGUGAAGCCAUGGCUGAGCAGGUGGCUGCUUUGUGCGAGCAGCUUGUUAAAGCUGUAAAUGUGAUGAUGGAUGCAGAAACAAGCGAAAUAUAUCGACUGGAGGCCCUUAAGUUUUUUGAGGAGUUUAAGGAGAGGAGCUCUCUGUGUGUCCCAUGUGGGUUACGACUGGCAGAGAAAUCCCAUCCGGCUAUAGUGAGACACUUUGGCUUGCAAAUCCUCGAGCAUGUCAUCAAAUUCCGGUGGAACAAUAUGCAACAGCAAGAGAAAGUUCACUUGAAGGACUGUACCAUGGAUCUGCUGUCAACGGGAACCUAUUCCAUUGUGGAGGAGGAGAACCACAUUAAGGAUGCCCUUUCACGAAUUGUAGUGGAAAUGAUAAAGAGAGAAUGGCCUCAAAAUUGGCCGGAUAUGCUGAAAGAGAUGGAGGCUCUCACCACCCAAGGAGAGAUACAGAUGGAGUUGGUGAUGUUGAUUCUGUUACGGCUAGCAGAGGAUGUGAUCACCUUCCAGACGCUGCCAAUGCAGCGGCGCAGAGACAUCCAGCAGACACUCACCAAAAACAUGGACAGCAUGUUUUCUUUCGUCUUGGCCAUUCUGCAGUGCAACGUGGAGGGCUACCGUAAACUGAAAGGAUUACCUGAACAGGAAGUGAAGGCCAGAGCUCAUUGUCGAGUCGCUGUGGUAACCCUCAACACACUUGCAGGCUACAUAGACUGGGUCUCUCUGGUGUACAUUACCAAUGGCAACUGUCAGUUAUUGGAGACAUUGUGUCUGCUGCUGAGUGAGCCUGAGCUGCGGCUGGAAGCAGCGGAGUGUCUCCUCAUUGCACUGAGUCGGAAAGGAAAGCUGGAUGAUAGGAAGCCUUUCAUGCUGCUCUUUAAUGAUGUGGCUAUCCAACACAUUCUUUCUGCAGCGACGGCAGCAGAUGGAGAGGGAAUAUGUAAGAAGUCCUCUGAAACACAAAUGGUGGAGGUGGAAGAGCGGCAUUAUAUUUUCCUGAAGAGACUUUGUCAGGUUCUACGUGCCCUGGGAAGCCAGCUCUUCUCAUUAGUGGGUUCAGAUGCCAAGGUUGAUGUACCUGCAAAUCUUGGCAAAUACUUAGAAGCCUUCUUAUCUUUCACAACACAUCCCAGUCAGUUUUUAAAGUCCACUACUCUGUCGACUUGGAUAGCUUUGUUCAGACAUGAAAGUCUGUCAAAGGAGGCUGUUGUUGUUGAAAUGGCUAUCAAGUACCUCAGAACAAGUAUGGUCAACCUAGUCAAGAUUGGGUUUCCAUCAAAAAAUGAUCAUCCAAGCUGUGAAUAUUCCCGUUUGGACUUUGACAGUGAUCUAGAUUUCAACUCAUUCUUUAACGCUUUUCGAGCACAGCAGGGUGAGGUGGUGAAGAACGCAUGCCGUGUUGUUCCCUUGGAGGCAUUUCAGAUAGCAGCAGAAUGGUUACAGUUUCAGAUCAACAGCCCCAUUGACACCGGGGAUGCCACAUGUACGAAUGCACAGGGACUCUGCUCUAUCAUGUCUCCAUCACUGGUCCAGUGGGAUGCGGUGACUGUCUUCAUAGAAUGUGUAGUGGGACAGAUCAUCAAAAGUCUAGACGAGGAGAAGGUGCCCAUAGAUCAGGGUGCAGAACUCCUCCAAGCUGUCAUCAACUAUGGCACCAAAGAUCCGCUCAUCCUGUCAUGUGUCCUCACUGACAUCUCUGCCCUCUUCCCGUUUGCCGUACGAAGAACACAUUUGUUGCCCCAGGUUCUCCACAAGGUCUUUAGUACUGUCACAUUUGAGAUUGGCCAAGAAAUUAAGAUGCCUCGGACCCGAGCUGUAAAGAAUGUGAGGAGACAUGCUUGUUCUUCUAUUAUCAAGAUAUGUCGGGAUUACCCACAGGUGGUUCUGCCUUGCUUUGACUUGCUUUACAAUAAUGUGAAGAAGCUGUUCUUGAGUGAGGCUUCGUUGACACCCAUGGAGAAAUGUUCACUGAUGGAAGCUCUGGUGCUCAUCAGUAAUCAAUUCAAAGACUUUGCAAAGCAGCAAGCUUUCCUUGAGGAGCUAAUGGCCCCUGUGAUUGCAGAAUGGACUUCAGAGGAGAUAAGGAAUGUGUUGUGGGAUCCUGCUUUGUUCCUGACAUUUGUUGGAGCUGAUCAGGUGGCCACUGAGCAAAUUAAAGACACUGACAUGGUCAGCGUUAAUAGGGCACGGAGUCCACAGCUGAUGUCGACUGAUGUCAAUUAUCGCUGGAUUCAGAGCUUGGUGGCUAGGUCAAAGUUGAGCUUCUGCUCGAAUGCCAUGUUGGGGCUGGUGAAGCGCACUCGUUGGCCUGCGGAUCCAGAGGAAGCCAAAGCUGGAGGCUUUGUAAUGAGCACUACUCCCACAGGCACACCCAUCUACAGAAACCCGUGCACGUCCCAGUUUCUCGCCUUCCUGCCCAACCUCCUGGCUCUCAUCAGGAAUCUUAACAGUCUAUUCCUGCCAGAGAACAGGGCUCGUCUGAGUGAUACGUUCUCCAAAGCCUAUGAGCUAAUGGAUGUGGACAAAAACUCAAUUCUUGGUAUUUCUCAGCAGCUUAUGGAUAAUUACGAUGCUCCUGUCUAUAGAACCAACCUGGAGCGCAUGCAGGGAUUUUUCAACUCAUUGUAUAGCAACUGCUUCCAUAUUUUGGGAAAUGCAGGCGUGUCCCUGCAACAGGAAUUCUACAACAUCGACAGACUGGCUGAAGAAAUAGCUGGCUCUGCGUUUGUGUCUCUCGACCACGUGCCUGAUUACAGACUUCGCCCAAUAAUCCGGGUGUUGAUGAAGCAGUUGGUACUAUCGUGUCCUCAGGACUACUAUGACAGUCUGCUGUGCCCCCUGCUGGGACCUCUAUUCACCUAUGUGCUGCAGAGACUCAACAUGAAGUGGCAUGUCAUCAAUCAGAGUUUUUCUGUUAAUGGUGAAGAUGAGGAGGCCGUGUGUGAGGAGCGGGAGGUGACUCAGGAGAUGAUAGAAGAGCAGCUGGUACGAUUGCUCACCAGGGAGGUGAUAGACCUUCUCACUGUGAGCUGCAUUUCUAAAAAAGUGCCUGAAGCAGCAGCAAAUAAGGAAGAUGGAGAAGAAGAAGACAUGAUAACUGAGUCAGUGGAGAUUGUGGAGGUGGCGCCUUCUGCGCAGACGGGGAAUUCUGCACAGCCAACAGAGGAGCUGACCGAGCUGGGAAAGUGUCUAAUGAAAGAUGAGAACGUCUACAUGACUCUUUUGACCAUCUCCUUCAACUCACUCUCAUGGAAGGACGCGACUAACUGCCACCGCACUGCUUCCAUGGUGUGCUGGACUCUCUUACGACAGGUGGUGGAUGGUAACCUCCUCCCUGAGGCAGUCACAUGGUUCUACACAAGUGUCCUGAGGGGGCUUCAGGUGCACGGACAGCACGAGAUCUGCAACGUAACGCUCAGUCAGUUGGCCAUGCUGGUCUAUGACAACCUGCGGCCCCGCUACUUGGAGCUGAAGGCGGUGAUGACUCAAAUCCCAAACAUCAGUUUGGAAGCUCUGGAGCAGUACGACCAACAGCUGGUGGACGCCAAUGCCCGGAAGGUUGGGGAAAAGAAGAGGAAAGAGAAGUUCAAGAAGCUCAUUGCAGGAACUGUUGGGAAAGCUCUGUGCCAGCAGUUUAGGAAGGAGGUUCAUAUUCGGAAUCUCCCGUCUCUCUUUAAAAAGCCCAAGCCAGAGACUGAUGUGAUGCAGAGUGGAAACGUAGGUCUGGAGGCUCUCUUCUCCCCCCAAGAGAAUGAUGCCCUGUAAGAACACUCAGGGCCUCUAAUGGACUUCACAGUUAUUGCUACACACUGGGGUUGCCUACACUAUUCUGCAGUUUGGGCAGUGUUGCACUGCUUAACAUCUGUUAGCAGUCUUGUUUUUCAAUAGGACAUCUUUGAUUUUAGCCCUCAUUGUGCUACUAAAAACGUUAUUACUCAUGUUGAAUUACUUUAUUUUAAAAGGUAUUUCAACCAGUCAUUUUUACUGGUAUCACACAGCUGAUUCCUUGUAACUUCUAUUUCACACUUCUACAAUUCCUUGCAUAUUAAAAUUAUGAGGAGAUGUGUGUGAAAUACAGCUGGGUCCAUAAGUAUUUGGAUAACUGUAAUUUUUGUAGUUGUGCCUUUGUACGUCACUAAGAUAGAGUUGAAAUUAAAACAUGUUUGUAUUGUAGAUUUUCAGCUUUAAGUCAUUGGGUUUAACAAAAAUGUUGCACCAACCAUUUAGGAAUUACAGCUAUUCAUAUACAUAGUACCUCAAUGUUAAGUGAAAUAUCAGGACCUUCUUGCUGUGAAGCAAGAGUGCUAACCACUCGGCCUCAUUUACACCACAUUGCAGUGUGGUGCUGUCUGGUAAAGUGGGAAUAAAUGGACUGCAUUUAUAUAACACUUUUCCAUUUGAUUCAAAUGCUCAAAGUGCUUUGCAGGAAUGCCUUACAUUGACCCACCGAUGUCAAGGUGCUGCCAUGCAUGGCGUUCAACUUUACACCGGGAACAGCUUUGGUCUGUUUGACAGGAAAUCAAACAGAGGAUACUCUGGUCACAAAUCUGUGUCAAGUGGGCAUUCACAAAAACUGAGUGAAUGUGCAAGAAUGAGGUUGGCAAGGGAAGACAUCCAUGACAACUCUGACGGUGGUAUACGGAGCUAUGGCUGAUUGGAGAAACUGCAUAGCGUAACCUUCAUCUGUUGCAACACCAGUUACACAACUUUGUGAUGCCAUGGCACAGAGAAAGAUGUUCUUAAAAAGAAC